AUGGACGGCGUGGCGACUGACACUAUGGCUGACCGGACGCACAAGGUCCAGCUAGAAAAGUGGCAGCACUUGGAUUACAUGCCCGACGACACGAACGGUGCCUGGCAGGCCUACAGGGAGAACCUCUUGUUGGUUCCAGAACAGGAUUUGGAAGGGGUCAACAAGGAGGGGACGAAGGAGGAUGCAAAGGGCAAGACGAAGGAGGUGGCCGAUGAGAGGGAUAAGAUCUGUGCCAUGCCCGAUCUUGUCGACAAGGUUGCGCAUUUGAGGACAGAUUGGGAUGAGGAGAAGUAUAUCAAGAUUAUAACGGAAAAGUGGUAG